UUCACAGGCGCGAGCUUCAGUCUGUGAAAGGACAGUGAAGUGUGGUCGCUACUUAAACUACUAUCGAUUACACUGUAGCAAAAGAUGACGGAAAAGAUGCAAUUUUUGUUCUUUUUGCUGCAACUUUGCACGGUUCGACUCUUGCUCGGGGUGAACGGUGAUAUCUGUAAGGUGAAUGUUUGCUCUAAUGGUGGAACUUGUGUGACCAGACAAGGAGAUUCAUUCAUUUGCAUCUGCCCCGACGGCUUCACUGGAGAGACGUGCAAUGAGACGGAGACAGGUCCCUGCAAACCCAACCCAUGCAAGAACGACGGUGUUUGCAGCGUGACGGGCCACUCGCGCCGCGGCGACGUCUUCAGCGAGUACGUCUGCAAGUGCCAACCGGGAUUUGAGGGAGUCCACUGCCAGAACAGUGUCUAUGGGGCCGAUUUAAGCUCCAGAAAAGAUGUGAACGACUGUGUCGGGCAGCCGUGCCAGAAUGGCGGCACCUGCAGGGACCUGGAGGGAGAUUUUAAAUGCCGCUGCCCGUCGCCUUAUGUGGGCAAACACUGCCAGCUACGCUGCAUUUCUUUGCUCGGUAUGGAGGGAGGAGGCGUGGGCGAGUCCCAAAUCUCUGCCUCGUCAGUCCGGUAUACCUUCCUGGGCCUGCAGCGCUGGGGACCUGAGCUGGCUCGCCUCAACAACAAGGGGCUGGUGAACGCUUGGAGCCCCGCCACGCAUGACAGGAACCCCUGGCUGGAGGUCAACAUGCAGAGAAAGAUGCGCCUCACGGGCAUUGUGACGCAGGGAGCCAGUCGCGUGGGAACGGCCGAGUUCAUCAAGGCCUUUAAAGUGGCCUCCAGCCUGGACGGCAAGACAUACACCGUGUACAGGACUGAGGGGCAGAGGAAGGACCAAAUAUUUGUUGGAAAUGUCGACAAUGACGGCACAAAGACGAACGUGUUCGACCCGCCCAUCAUCGCUCAGUACAUCCGCAUCAUCCCGGUGGUGUGUCGCAAGGCCUGCACUCUUCGCCUGGAGCUGGUGGGCUGUGAGCUCAAUGUGUACUCAAACGCUUCAGGUUGCUCAGAGCCAAUGGGCAUGAAGUCCCGGCUGGUGUCCGACCACCAGAUCACUGCCUCCAGCACCUUCCGCACGUGGAACAUCGACGCUUUCACCUGGCAUCCCUACUAUGCCCGGCUGGACAAGCAGGGCAAGACCAAUGCCUGGACCGCCGCCACCAACAAUAAAUCAGAGUGGCUGCAGGUGGACCUGGAGUCUCCCAAGAAGAUCACAGGAAUCAUCACACAGGGAGCCAAAGACUUCGGCACUGUCCAGUUUGUCUCUGCAUUCAGAGUGGCUCACAGUGAUGACGGGCGGUCCUGGACCGUAGUGAAGGACGAGAGCACAAAGAUGGACAAGAUCUUCCCCGGCAACAGCGACAACAAUGUGCACAAGAAGAACCUCUUUGAACCGCCGUUCUACGCCCGAUUCGUGCGCAUCCUGCCGUGGGAGUGGCACGAGCGCAUCACCCUGCGGAUGGAACUCCUGGGAUGUGACGAGUAGCUGACACGCCUGCCUACCUUCCCAUCUGCCCCCUCCCUCUUCAAUCAGUCUUUUCUCUACCUCCAUCACAAUACGCCAAGUUCUCCACUUCUUCUCUCUCGCUCCUCCUCCUCCUCCUGCACUGUCUUGCUCUCGGCCCUAGAGGGCAGCAAACACCGUCGUUCGGAGAGAGGGGGAAGUUAUCUGAUUAACCACUUCAACACCAGGCCACCCAAUAGUAGCUGCCUGGACUUAAAACCUCCAACAAGACCCCCAGCUGGUGAUGUAUAUAAAGUUUUCACUCCUUCUUCUACACUUCUGUUUGGGUGAAUAUUUGUUCAACCGCAUCAUAACCUUUUCUCUGAGCUUGCAAAUUGUUAUUGUGUUGUUCAUCACGCUGCAGACGCAAUAAAUUGUGUCAGCUGUCAAGGCGGUGGCCAGACUUGAGUAGGGUUUGUGGACUGUUGGAAAAAUUUAGCUGAUGCCACCCAAAAAAAAAAAAAGUUGCUUGAGCGUGGGAUCACAUGCUUGAGCUGAUUGGUGCUGCAGUUAGUUUAGCAGACUGAUGUUAUUGGUGAUUUGACUUUUAACUGCUGUGAGUUAAUUUGUCUCAUCUUUGACGGGCUGUCUGAAGCACACAGACAUCGUAUCUCCCUGACUCUGUGAAGGUCGCCAAAAAAUCUGACACAGCUGUCACGUCGGCGCUGACAAAGUAUUCGAGCAGCAGCAAAGGCGCCGUGAAUGCUACUGAAACAUUUCACAUGUCACCACUUUUAUGGCACUUUUGAUAUUUGUGUAUAUGACAAAUGUGCUAAGUGUUGUGCGUACGAGAACAUUGUGGAGGUAAACCAAGAGAGGUUCUUUUUAGGUUUAGAACAUACUGGAUUUAUCCACAUGCGAGCAAGCAAGACUCCCUGCUGAGAAGAGCCAGGAUAGCAAAUCAAAGCAGAUUUUUUACGCUCGCACCUCCUGAACCAACCACCCCCCCCCCCCACCCCCACCACCACCUUCCUCCACCACCUCGUCUUUUCCACCCCAUGAAUUAUGAAUUAUGGGCUUGUGCAAUAUUAUGUCGCGUUUGCUUUGGAUAACGAUGCGUAUUAAUGCGGCGUGCAGACGAGAUGACUUAAAAAAUGCAUGAAGGGGGAAGGUCGCCGAUGUCAAACACUGAACGAUGCGGCAGGUGCGUCCACCGAGACAAUUCAGCAACACACAUGUAAAUAUCUUAUUUCCCUCCCUUUUUCUAUCAUUCAACUUGAUAUUGAUGUCAUUUACUUGAUGGUGUUUUUGUCCUCUUUCCUGCUAUAUUGACAAUGUGGGCUGGCUCUAUUGGAUCCGACUCACGUGUUUCUGAGGCAAGUCCUUUGUAUUGUUUAAACAAACACAUGAAAAUAAAUGUUUAAAACUUGCA